AUGGUAAACUACGACGCAUGCUGCGAGGAUAGCGUUCGUGUCAUCACCUCACUAGUGGCCAAUAUUGAUAAAAAAUCCGAGGUCUAUUCGGACGAUCUUUCUCGCGUUGUCUUCCAGAUGAACAAUCUGCGCUACAUUCUUGCUAACCUCAAGAGGACCGGCUUACAAAGUAUCUUGGACGACUACGACAACAGUGUGGUGGAUAAGUUCACUCGAAUUCUGACUGAAAGCAAACAAGUCUACACAAGAGCGCUUUCAGACGCAAUAUGUCUCACAGUACCAAGUAAAGAGGGUGGCGGCAGCGGCAGUGGUGGUGGUACUUUGCGUCGUUUUUUAGUGGGACCACACCCACUGCACUUUGCUAGGCCGCGGACCCCACUUCCCUCUAUUUCUUCCCUUAGCGACGAGAUCCUGGGGUCGCAGACCUCUCUCACGUCCUCGUCCUCGACCAAGAUGGAUUCAAAGGAGCGGUCUCAGGUGAAGGAUAUUUGGAAUGGCAUAAAUCAGGGCUUCGCAAGCCUUCUGAAGCAGCACUCCCAAUUGUCGAUCCCAGACAAGGAGUUGCGUGAAGAUCUUCGUGAAUGCCUGUCCCGGGAGUUGGUGACGCUCUACCAGGCUUUCCACGAUCGCUCCCUCCAGACACCCUUCACAUCACGAAGAGAAAAGUAUAUUAAGUUGAGUCCCUCGGAAUUUCAAGCAAAGUUGGAUCAGAUGUUCUUACCUGCAGCUGCACAGAUUGCGCAGUCUCGCUGCAUUCAGAUGGACAUUGUUUCGCUUUAUCAGAAAGACCUACCCUUCGUUCGCAUAUCAGCUCCAAUGGUGCGCUAUUCUAAGCUCCCCUUUCGUCUGUUGGUGCGAAGGCACGGUGUCGACUUGGCCUACAGCCCGAUGAUCAUGUCUUCUGCCUUCAUCCAUUCCGCCAAAGCUCGGGCCGCCGAUUUUUCCACUUGUCCUGCAGAUCAUCCACUAGUCACGCAACUCGCCUGUCAAUCGGGACCCGAGUUCGCGCGCUGUGCCGAAGAAUUGUCCGCCCUCUGCGAGGGUGUGGAUCUCAACUGUGGUUGUCCGCAAAGGUGGGCGAUGGAGGAAGGCUACGGCGCAGCGAUACUGAAGGAACCGCAAUUAAUAGAGGACUUGGUGAAGGCAGCUAGAGCAGCGGUGCCCCGAUGGCGUAUCGUCAGCACACCCGAGGGUGAAGAGCGUCAAGUGGCAUUCUCCGUGAGCAUCAAAAUUCGCCUCGUUCCCUGCCCUCCGCGUGCCAUUGGUGAAGACGGUGAUUCUUCCGCCCCCGCAUCAUGGCCGAAUAAUGUCCAGCUGACCACAGAGCUGGUGCGUCGAGCAGCCCACAUGGGUGUGGAUUGGGUGACCAUCCACGGGCGCACUCCCUCCCAACGCUCCACUGAUCCUGCGCGAUGGCAUGACGUGGCUCAAAUCAUCGCCGCUCAGGUGCCGCACUACAUCUAUACCGCAGCUCCCCUCCCCAUAUUCCUCAAUGGCGAUGUAAAGUCUCUGGACGAUGCAUUCCAGGCCCAGCAUAUCUCUGGUUGCAAGGGUGUUAUGGCGGCCCGCAGCCUUCUACAGGACCCAACACUAUUCCAACAGGAUGGUCCCGAAAAUCCUUGGAGGCUCUAUCGGGAGUGGCUUGACCUGUGUCAAGAGUAUCCCAAUUCUCUACCGUUCAAUUCCAUCCAUCGGCAAGCCUACUGGAUAUUGGAGAAGCAUAUUGGAAGAAAGGGACGUGAAAUCCUACACAAAAUUGAUAAUAUGGCCGACCUGUAUGACUUCUCGCCGACCAAUGUCUAUACAUAA